CUCUGUCUCAUUGUAAAAAAAAUAAGCCUGCAUAACAAAAGGCAUAUAUGUUUUACCAUUACAUGCUUAGUUAGCAGCUUAUAGCUUAGCAUCAAAAAAGACCUGAAGACAUGAAAAGGUACACUACGCAUGAUAUUACAUUAAUCGUGGACAAUUAAAUAUGGCACACAUGAAUUUAACAUCUAGUAAUUUAAACUUAAUAUCUUGCAUUGUGUAGCAUAUGAUGUUCUUCUCACAUCCAGCUCACCCGACCCAACUUUCAUUUGGGGGUACGCAGGCUUUUGAGUCUGCAGGAAAAUAACAUCUUGUUUAAAUGUUACUGAAGACAACGCACGUGUCUGAGGAAGAACCAGUUGUGGGAUUAGUGAUUUUUGUGAGGUUAAAUGUUUUUGGUUUUGUUUGAGUUUAUUGCACCUCUGUGUCAACACAUUAGCUUGUUUGCUACUGAUGGGCUGCAGAUCUGACAUCUCACACUACUCUUUGAAUAAGACUUUAUCACAUGCCGGAAUAUUGUUAUGUGUAACAUUAUGUAAAGUCCAACAUUCUACCACUACAGUGGGUCACUGUGGCAACUUGAAUUAAUUCUAGAUCCAUCAAAUUAAAAGGACAUCACCUGUGCACAGCCUGCUUCAGGUCACCCCACAGAUUUGUGGAUUCAGGUCUGGGCUCUGGUUAGGUAAUUCAAAAACAUUUAUCUACUUUUGGUUAAGCCAUUCUUUUAUUGAUUUGGAUGUAUGCUUUGGGUCAUUGUUGUGUUGAAAGGUGAAACUCCUUUUAAUCCAUAUCUUACUAGCAGACACCUGAAGGUUUUGCACUAAAAUCAACUGGUAUUUGUAGCUUUUUAUGAUUUCCUUCACCUUGAUAAAAGCCCCCAUUCUGGCUGAAGAAAUGCAACCCUAGAGGGGGAGGAUGCCACCACCAUGCUGCACCGUGGGUAUGUUUUCUUUUUUUUGGUGAAGUACUUUUUUUGCAUGAAACAAAUCUUUUGGAAUUAUGGAAUUAUUAUACCUUUUGGAAUUGGUCUCAUUUGGGCAUAACAAGAUGUGAAGAAAAUGAGGGUUUGUUGUCACAUGCAGAGAGUGAUCUGUACUUGUCAGAUAUUCCUGCACCGCCUUUAAUGUAGGUCUAUUGGCACCCUCCUUUGUUUUUUGUUUUUGUUUUUUUUGUCUUGUGCCAUUGUAAAUUUUGAAAGGGUGCCCUGUUCUUGGUAAGGUCACUGUGGUACCCCAUUUUUUCCACUUGUUGAUGAUGGUCUUCACAGUGUUCCAUGGUAUAUCUACUAUUAUGGAAAUUCUUUUAUACCGCUCUUCAAUGCCUUUUGACAUACCUUACAUGUUUUGUAAGCUCUUUACAGAUCAUGGCUUCAGGAGUCAGAUGAAAUCAAGGAGAUGUCAAGAAAAUUCUACAGAAACAGCUCGUAUUUAUUUGGGGUUAAUCAGAAUAUUUUCAUUGAUGACAGCUGUAUGAUAAUUACUGUUGAACAUGAGAUUGAACGUGAUAGUGAUCAGCCAAAUACGGCCUGAGUCAGGAUAGAGCCAUUUCAUUAAAACAGGGUUGCUUUCUCUUCUAUGACAAGAGAUCUACAUUUCCCUAUUAUUAUUAUGUUACGAUUCACCAUUUAAAAUAUGCACGUGCACUAGUCUUGCCACGAUAUCAUAAUUUUCCAUGCCGGUAUGGUAUCCCUAGUUCAAACUGGUAAUACCGAUAUUAGAGCUGGUUGGCCACUAGAUGGUGCUAUAGGUGCUAUAAUAUGGUGGGUGCUAUAAGAUGGUGCUAUAAUAGCAUACACAACGCAAGGCAGCUUGGAAACUUAAAUUUUUAUUUUUAAACAUUAUGUGAAAUUGAAACUGGAAGAAAAAAAAGUAUAAUCAAAUUAAAUUGUGUGUUCACCAAACCUGUAACAACAUGCCUGUGGAGGUGGGGUCUUGGUUUGACGCUGUCUUGUGAAUGGAGGGCGGAACUGGAGAAUAUGGCUUGCACACACCUGAGCAUCAUCUGCAGCGGGCGAUCUCAGCACAACAGGUGUAUGGGGAAAAGAGGGACAACAUGGUGAUUCCUGUGCCUGAGGCUGAGAGCAACAUCACUUACUAUGAGAGCCUCUAUCCAGGUGACUUUAAGAUGCCCAAGCAACUCAUCCACAUACAGCCCUUUAACUUGGACGCAGAGCAACCGGAUUAUGACCUGGACACAGAAGAUGAGGUGUUCAUUAACAGGCUAAGGAAGAAAAUGGAGAUGGGGGCUCUGCAGUUUGAGGAAAUGAUCGAUCGGCUGGAGAAAGGCAGUGGGCAGCAGUUGGUGACUUUGCAGGAGGGAAAACUCCUUCUCAAGGAGGAUGAUGAGUUAAUCAGGGAGGUGUUUGAGUAUUGGAGCAAGAAGAGAAAUUCGUAUCAAAAUAGCUCUCUCAUCCCAGCUGUAAAACAGGAGAAGCGAGAUGGUUCAAGCACCAAUGACCCAUAUGUUGCCUUCAGGCGCAGGACUGAAAAAAUGCAGACCAGGAAGAAUCGUAAGAAUGAUGAAGUUUCAUAUGAGAAGAUGUUAAAGUUGAGAAGAGAGCUAAGCAGAGCCGUUACCAUACUGGAAAUGAUAAAGAGACGUGAGAAGAGCAAGAGAGAAUUGCUGCACCUCACACUGGAGAUAGUGGAGAAGAGGAAUGGCAUGGCUGAUUUUGGGGGAGAGGUAAUGGCAGAGGUUCUGGCUCAGAGGGCACUAGAGAAGCCGGUUAUUCCCCUGAUCCCCAUCACUACCAGCAGCCAAUACAGAUAUGCAGAACAUGAACGCGACUACCAGAACAAGGUGGACAAGCCAGAAGUGGUACGUCAGAAGAGGAAAUAUUUGAAGAAGCCAAAGCCCUUGCUGUUAUCAGGUCACUCUAUCCCUGCAGCAGUCAACAGUAAAGCCAUUAACCAGUAUGAUUUCCCCAGCUCAGAUGAAGAGCCCUACUCACAGCUAUUUUCUGGCUCCUCGGAGGCAGAGGAGGAGAAUGAUCCUGAUGGUGUGUUUGCCUUUAAACGCAGGUUCGGCUGCCACUAUCACUCUGUGUGUGGGGAGCAGGGUUCCUGGCCAUGGUCAGAUCCUGCUGAGGGUGGUUUGGGAGAUUCACGCUAUCGUUACUCUCUCACCACACUCACCAUACCUCACCGAUGUGUGGGAUUAGCACGACGAAGGGUUGGGAGAGGAGGCAGGGUUCUGUUGGACCGGGCCUACUCUGACUGGGACGCUAUGUAUUAUGGGUUGGGCUUAGGUUCUUCUUCCCCCUCCUUUACCCACCAGCCUGUUAAUAUGGAUACCUCACACACCAUUGUCCCGACUUCUGCCUCAGGUCCUCCCACCUCCUGCUCCUCUACCUACUCAUCAGACCUUUUGCAGAUCCUCCAUAAUGUUAAGGCCUGUCGCUGGAGGCACUUCAGACCUUGGAUGGCCCUGACCCAUGACCCCAAUAACCUCCGGUCUUGCUCAGCACAGAAGCUGAGCUUUGGUCUCUUCACUCCAGCCAGAAAUCGAGCUAACAACAGACCAGCUGACCCCCCACCCACACGUGUGUUUACAGCUGAGCAGUAUCAUCACCAUCAGGAGCAGCUAGACUUGAUGAAGAAAGAGCAGCUGGAGCAGGCACAGCAGCAUCACAGAGUCAAUGCUAAGACACAGACUUUUUCAUCCAAGAUCAUAGACUCUGCGAGUGCACAAUUUGCUGCUUCUGCACUGGUGACUUCGGACCAGCUGAUGGCAAUGAAGGGUAAAGAGGAAGGUGUUCUGGGAAUAAAUGGCGUUAUGUCAGCCUCAGGAGUCUAUAAAGGCUUGCAACACACAAGAACAACCUCCAUCAGCCCCAUCCCCAACCAUAACCAUCAUCAGUGCAAAACACCUACCUCCAACCCCAACAAUGGAACUUCCUCAGCUAAUCACCAUGCUGGCUCAGACAACCCACAGGUGCUAUUAGCCGGGGCAAUGAGAGUGGGUGUGCCAUCACCAGGUGCAACAUUAAGUAUGCGGCAUCUGCAGCGUCAGCUCACAGUUCCAACUUCUGCCCUUAAACUUGCUGCCAAUGUCAGUAGGCAGCUCCCUAAAGUCACAACCAGCUCCACCACCCUUGACCUGGGCACCAGGGAAAAUCAUGAUCAGGAGCAGCCAUCAUUGAACAGUAUAACCGAAAACACUGUAGCAAUGCAGGUUACGUAGCCCUGCCUUUAUCACCCUGAGAUUUGGGGUGUCUAAUCUAGGUGCUGUGCAUCAGUGACAUUGUGUGUCCAGCAGCUGUUGGAACUAGACUGCAGUGCUUGCCAUUUUUUUUUUUUUGUGUUAAUGUCACUUGUAAAUUAUGAAAUAAGCAUUUAUUCUAUGUACAGUACUACAUAUUUGUAAUAUGGCCCUUUGUAUAUAAUAUUUACCUGAAUACAGAAAUUGUUCAUUUAUGUUUUGCACUUAGGGAGGGGGUUCAAAAAACUAACUGCGACUUCUUUGGAGUGAAUGGUGGUGUGGAUGUUCAUGUGGUGAUGUGAGAUCAAAUGCAUGGUGUAAACCUGCUGUUUUAUUUAUUAAUUGUGAAGUGUUUACAGGAAUUUUUUGUUUGUAUUUUUAUACUGUGUAAUUUCUUGGUAGUGUGGGUGUCUGCAUAUAACCAUAUUAUGUGGAAGUUUUCAGGUUUUUUUCCUCCCUUGUCUGUUCCAUUGUAAUACAAUCAGCUCCCCUCAUCUGUGUCAAAGUUCAGUUGUGUGGACACACACACGCACGUACUUGUAUGUGUAUACAGACACAAACAUACAGGAUGUGGCCAAAAGUUUGUUGACACCUGACUGUCAUGCCCUUAUGUGGGCCUUAUCCAAACUGUUGCACAAGGUUGUAAGCACACAAUUAUAUAGAAUGUCUAGUACUAUGUCCCUUAGUUCUAGUGACUAUGGCCUCUCAGUUCUAGAGAAAAUCCCUUCACUAGAACGAAGAGUCCCAAACAUGUUGCAGCAUGACAGUGCCCCUGUGCACAAAGCAAGGUCCAAGAAGACAUGGUUUGCUAAGGCUGGAGUGGAACUCAAGUGGCUUGCACAAGAGCCCUGAACUCAGCCCCACUGAACACCUUUGAACUCCUGAAACCCCUAAACACAAUCAUUAUAAGGGGUGUCCACAUACUUUUGGCCAUGUUGUCUACCACAGUAUACUGAUUUGAAAGUAAAUAAUGAACUUUCAAAGUGAGGACUUUCAGCUGUAAUUUUUGUCCCCAUGUAAAGGACCAAAAGUAAGUGGACAAACUAACAAUCAUAAAUUAAAUUUGCAAGUUGCAAAUCCUUUGCAUUCAAUGACUGUCUAAAGUCUGCAACCUAUAGAUCUCACCAGAUGCUGGGUUGCUUCCCUGUUGAUGCUCUGCCAGGGAGUUAAUACAGCUGUCUUCAGUUCCUGCUUAUACUUGGGGCAUUUUGCCUUCAGCAAGUGAAAGCCAAACUCAAUUGUUUUCUGGUCAGGUGUUUGACUUGCCAAUGCAGAACAUUCCGCUUAUUUGCCUUAAAACAGUCAAGGGUUGCUUGCACUGCACUGUAAAGCACCGUCCAAUGGUUUUUUGAAGCAUUUAGUUGAAUCUGAGCAGAUAAUACAGCCCUACAUACUUCAGAAAUCAGUCUGCUGCUUUGGUCAGCAAUAAAGGAACCAGUUCCAUUGGCAGCCAUACAGGCCCACACCAGAAGUUGAGAGUAUGCUUCAGAUCAUAAGCAGUUCCUUUCCUUCUCCAUACUCUUCUCUUCUAGUGAUGUCAUUCUUGAAUGAUUUGUUCAUUUUGAACAAAUCUGGAACGACGAGUUGUCUGACUGGUUUGAUCAUUUUUGACUGCGUAUGUGCUGCAACAUCAUAGGUUCAGUACAGGAAACAGAAAUGAUUAGUUCACCUCUCGAGUCUUCAGGUUUGAGUCGUUCGUUCUUUCAGUGACUGCCCCAUAGGCAAUGCACCAUGCAAUACCGCAAACAGAAAUGAUUAGUUCACGUCUUGAGUCUUCGGGUUCAAGUCGUUCAUUCAUCACGUCACAGCCCCACUGCAUUCAGUGGCCCUAUGUCGCUCUAUGGGGCGGUCACGGGAUGAAUAAAUGACUUGAACCCGAAGACUCAAGAGGUGAGCUUAUCAUUUCUGUUUUCAGGGAACAGACGUGACAAAAGAAAGAACGACUCAGAACAGGAGGUGAGGUGAACUAAAAGACUGCAUUGUUUAUUUUUUAUUUCAAAUGUGAUCAACGUUUGCGUAAGUACUAGAUGUGUUGGGGAAUUUAACAUGUAACACUUUAAUUAUAUUCUGCUGAAAUGAACAAAAUGACUUAAAAAGAUUUGUUCAUUUUGCUGAACGAGAUUCAAAGAUCUGAGUCAGUGAAAUGAUCCGAACUUCCCAUCACUAUUUUAUUCCAUUUUUUAGGCUUACCACCUUUUUAUAAAACCCUGUGUAUUUACUCUGGUGUAAGCUUCUCUUGAUUGUUGACUUUAACACACAUCUCCUAUCUCCUGGACAGUGUUCUUGAUCUGGCCAAUUGUUGCAAAAGAUUUUUUUUUUCCUCCCUCAGGGAAGGAAUUCUUCUUUCAUCUACCACAGUUUUCUAUGUUCUUCAGGGCCUUUGGUGUUCACUGGUGUGUUCUUUCUUUUAAGAAUAUACCAAAUAUUUGAAUUUGGCCACACCUAAUGUUUUUUUUAUUAUUAUUUUUCAGCCGGAUGGUGCCUUGCUAGUUACAGAUCUUUGGAUUUUAUUUUGAGGGUUAGCAGCAGCAAAUGCAAAUACGACAAUUUAAAUCAACUCUAGACCUAUCUGCUUACUUGUAAGUGAAAUAGUGAGGGAAUAAUGAGAACAGCUGAGCAGCCAGUAAUUUUUUUUUAUUUUUGUCCCUCAAAAGGGAGGACCACAUAUAAAAUGAUGUAAUUCCUACAUUGUGUACUCGAUCUGGAUGUAAAUACCCUCAAAUUAAAGCUGGAAGUCUGCACUCUGAGCUCAUAUUCAUUAUUUAAUUAAUAUCCUAUGUGCUAUGGUAAACAGCUAAAAUAACAAUAAAUUUGUCAAUGUCCAAAUAUGUAUGGGCCUGUUCAAUGCAUCCGGAAAGUAUUCACAGCGCUUCACUUUUUCCACAUUUUGUUAUGUUACAGCCUUAUUCUAAAAUGGAUUAAAUUCAUUAUUUUCCUCAAAAUUCUACAAACAAUACCCCAUAAUGACAACGUGAAAGAAGUUUGUUUGAAAUCUUUGCAAAUUUAUAAAAAAUAAAAAAAAGCACAUGUACAUAAGUAUUCACAGCCUUUGCCAUGACGCUCAAAAUUGAGCUCAGGUGCAUCCUGUUUCCACUGAUCAUCAUUGAGAUGUUGCUACAACUUGAUUGGAGUCCACCUGUGGCAAAUUCAGUUGAUUGGACAUGAUUUGGAAAGGCACACAUCUGUCUAUAUAAGAUCCCACAGUUAACAAUGUAUGUCAGAGCACAAACCAAGUCAUGAAGUCCGAGGAAUUGUCUGUAGACUUCCGAGACAGGAUUGUAUCGAGGCACAGAUCUGGGGAAGGGUACAGAAACAUUUCUGCAGCAUUGAAGGUCCCAAUGAGCACAAUGGCCUCCAUCAUCUGUAAAUGGAAGAAGUUUGGAACCACCAGGACUCUUCCUAAUGCUGGCCACCCGACCAAACUGAGCGAUUGGUGGAGAAGGGCCUUAGUUAGGGAGGUGACCAAAAACCUGAUGGUUACUCUGACAGAGCUCCAGCGUGUCUCUGUGGAGAGAGGAGAACCUUCCAGAAGAACAACCAUCUCUGCAGCACUCCACCAAUCAGGCCUGUAUGGUAGAGUGGCCUGAUGGAAGCCACUUCUCAGUAAAAGGCACCUGCACCUGAAGGACUCUCAGACCAUGAGAAACAAAAUUCUCUGGUCUGAUGAAAUAAAGAUUGAACUCUUUGGCCUGAAUGGCAAGCGUCAUGUCUGGAGGAAACCAGGCACCAGUCAUCACCUGGCCAAUACCAUCCCUACAGUGAAGCAUGGUAGUGGCAACAUCAUGCUGUGGGGAUGUUUUUCAGCAGCAGGAACUGGGAGACUAGUCAGAUCGAGGGAAAGAUGAAUGCAGAAAUGUACAGAGACAUCCUUGAAGAAAAUCUGCUACAGAGCGCUCUGGACCUCAAACUGGGCCAAAAGGUUCAUCUUCCAACAGGACAAUGACCCUAAGCACACAGCCAAGGUAACAAAGGAGUGGCUA